UCCACCAUGAUGAAAGCUGUUGUUUUCUUAGCCACUUUUGUGGUGUGCGCCAGCGCGUCGAACGUAAUAAAUUUUAAACCCAGUUUGCCUACUGGUCGCAUAGUUAAGGGUCAAGAUGCUGUUGAACACGCUGCUCCAUACAUUGUGUCGUUGAGCUCGAGAGCCGAGAGACACUCUCACAGCUGCGGCGGUACCAUCAUCGCUAAGGAUUGGAUCGUUACUGCUGCUCACUGUAUUUCAAGACCCGUUGGUAUGGGCGUGGUUGCUGGUCUACAUGAACGCGCCAACUUUACCGAGAAGACCCAAUCGCGUGUAGUUGAUUUUGGUUUGACGCACAAAAACUUCGGCGGUGGCGUUGGCCCUUACGACAUUGCCCUGUUGCACGUUUCGGAACCCUUUGUGUACAAUGAAUUUGUACAGGCUGCUAUUUUGCCACAACGCGAAGAGAUACAUUUCGGAGAGGCUAAACUUUAUGGCUGGGGUCAAGUGAAGGCUUUUAACUUUAACGCCGCCAAGGUAUUGCAAACCGUUACAACUGAACUCAUUGAAUACAGCGACUGCGAGGAAACACUCGGUGAAGAUACACCCCUUCAACCAUCUAAUGUUUGCUCAGAUUCACUACAAAAGGGUAUUUCUGCCUGCAAUGGCGAUUCUGGUGGCCCUCUGGUGCAGGAACGUAAAGGCGUAGCAUCUGAACUCGUCGGCAUUGUCUCUUGGGGAUACAUUCCUUGCGGCUAUGGUAACAGGCCAUCAAUUUACACUCGCGUUUCUGCUUACAUCGAUUGGAUUGCGCAGGUCCAAAGUGCCUACUACAUAUUGAACUAACUCUUUAUAUUAUAAUAAAGUAAAAUUUUGAAAACAAAAUAUUUAGAAUAUUUAAAUA